CUUUGGAACUUAUGAGAAAAGAGUUUUCCGUCUGUCCAUUCUCGGGUGGAUACAAUAUGAAGAUUAAAGAUAAAGGAGGUAUUGAUCACGCCUGCAAUUUCAUCGACCUCCCGAUGCGCUUCGAGAGCGAGUGUUUGAGAGGGGAAGGAAUGACGUUUGACUUACGGACAGAGCAUUGCAUAGGUGCUCUACCAAUGCGUAAGACACAGAACGUAAUGUGUGUGAGUCACUGGCGAGAAGAUGGAGACGUGGUCACAGUUUUACGCGACACUGACACAGACACCGUCUGGUGUCUUCGUAUCCCCGCGAGGAAUUCAUUUACGGGAAAAACAAUUAUGCUUCUCUUCACUGAUGUUGCCUGCAAAGUGGCUGCCGAUGUCAAUUACUUUACUCUAGAAUUACAGAUGGUACCGCAAAAUACACUCUGUACAGACGAGCACGCAAAUUGCAACAUACUUCCAUGCACAUCCCAUUUCGAGUCUCAGUGCUUGCGAACAUGCUCAAUGUGUGACCCUAACACGUAUCCGACAGCGUGUGAUUUCCCAAAAAGGUUUAGAGGGAAAUGGUUUCUUAACGAUAAUUUUGGUGUUUCUGAUGUAAAUAUAACGACGUCUAAGAUGCGUGUUGAAAGAAUUGGAAAUUUUAAUUGUAUAUCUUUCCAUGAUUCACCACCUCGGAAAUCUAAGCAAUUCACAACGUUGUCAUUCUUCAGCAACGGAUGCAGGCCUCGAUAUACCUGCAUCAGGUUCAAAACCCUGAACUCCAACGUGCUAGGUCUUGGUAUAAGUCAAAGUCGUGUGUGGCCUCUCCCAAAUGGACAUAGACAAGUUGGUGCGUCGGUGUGCGAGCUUAGUAAUUUUAAAGAGGACCAUGCACCGAUAAGGGACACAUUUAGAACGAACUCAGAUAUAUUCAAGCCCAUUGUCUCGUUGGUGAAUAACAUUAAUUCAAUGCAGUGUCCAUUUCACAAUAGUUUUGUGUUUAACGCAACUUUAAAUAAUGGGACAGUUUGCAAUGGAGCAUUUUUUAAACGUUGCAACGAGUCGUCUCAUUUACUGUUUAUCUUUCACAAAUGCCCAUACGAAUAUUUGUCAGUGGAAUAUGUGUGUCUUGGUAGCAUUCAAAGCAAAUACUGGGAAACAAUAACAUUAAUACAAAACCAAAAUGACGUUAAAGACACGCGUUGCAUCGUUACGUCUGAAAUCGAACCAGGACAUAUUCUUGUUCUACCAGCAGGGGAAUGUGAUCAAUUUUCAUGGGCGCACGUCAAUGCAGGAAUACGCAAGCCUUCACUGGAUUUAGUAGUGACCCCUGAAAACAAAAACUGUCGGUUUCCGGAGGAGACUCCGGUUGUAUUUGGACGAAGUACAACAAUGUCUACAGUACCGAAACCUCAACAUGACGCAUGGAAAGGGAUACAUGCCGAAGUUAAACUCUCGAAAUAUCUAGAAAAUCAAACACAUAAGCACCGACACCAAAAUACUAUGCUUUCUUCAACAGAAGCGUAUGAUGAUCGCAGAAUUGAACUUUCAACUGAAAAUGUGCUUAGUUCUGUGUUUUCGCAAUCAAGUUCACAACAGAUCGUGAAUUACUUUAAUAUGCUGUAUUAUGUAUCUACUUUGUACUAUAUGGCCAUGCUUUAA